AUGAUUACAAUGCUAUCAGUUGUGAAAAAGGAUAAAAAGCCGAUACUCAAGAAGCGAAAUAAGCAUCACUUAAACGUAAACAUUGAAACCGUUCGAGAAAAUAAAGUUAGCAUUGGCGCAACAAAUUUAUUGGAAAUGCGGAAUGAAAGCUUUUUCAAAAGUGUUUGGCCAGCAGUUAUCUAUUUUGCUCAAUUUAUGGGAUUUAUGCCAGUACAAGGUAUUCGUACUGGUGAUCCAUUUAAAUUCGAAUUUCGUUGGAAGACGUUUCGAGUUAUGAUCACAAUGCUCUAUGUUGUACUUGGUGUAUCGUUAGGAACUAUGUAUUUACGACGGAUUGCUCGGAUUGGCAUAAACGCUAAAAACAUAGCUGGUUUCGUAUUUUAUUCGGUUUGCGUUUCUAUUGGACUGCUAUUUUUAAUCCUCGCACAAAAGUGGAAAAAUUUGGCAAUGAAGUGGCACCAGCGUGAAAAGAUCUUUUUGAAUUUGCCAUACAAAGAGUGUGGAUGGAGCCUAUCCACCAAAAUUCGAAUCACAGCUGGUGUGAUUUUAUUUCUCGCAAUUGUGAGAACUUGUGAAGCGAACGUAGACGAUGCAUGGAAGUAUUUCUUUCUGAACGAGCAUCCGCACGUUUUCAUGGUUGUACCCUAUCAUUUUUUGUUAACCAUUUUGAUUGAGUGGGCAAUCAUUUCAUUUACUUUCGGUUGGAACUACAUAGACACGUUCAUUAUGAUAACAAGUAUCGCUCUGGCAACAAGAUUUAAGCAGAUCAAUCAACGAUUGGAAGAAAUAAAAAAUGAACCAAUGGUCGAAUCUUCAUGGGCUGAAAUCAGACAUCACCACGUACUGUUAUGCGAACUUGUAGAAACAGUCGAUAAUUAUCUAGUCGUCAUAAUUAUACUCUGUUAUGCAAACGACUUGUACUACGUAUGCUUUGAACUACUCAACAUUUUCAACAAGCUGCCGCAUUUCAUCAAUUUCAUAUACUUUUGGUACUCGUUUCUAUAUUUGGUUGGUCGUACAACUGGCGUGUUUUUAAUAGCAGCGUCCAUAAAUGAUGCAGCUACAUACCCAAUCAAAUUUGUUCGGCGACGACAUACUACGGAAUGGUGUGCAGAGCUUGAACGAUUUGGCGAUCAAAUUUCAACGCGAGCUGUGGCUUUGUCGGGUCUGAAAUUUUUUUUCAUCACCAGAUCGCUACUGUUCGGCAUGGCCGGUACAAUUGUAACGUAUGAAUUGGUGCUACUGCAAUUUGACGAAAGUAGUGAAAAGAAAACGGAAAACGUAACAUCGGCGUGUGAUGCAUUUAUCUGAUAAUUCUGUUGACGAAGAAAAUUUUAUUUUUCAAAGAU